CUUUUCGAUUUUCUUUAUUAUUACUACCCAUAUCUCAUAAGGAUUGGUAAGCACAAUAAACUAUCAAAUUUAAAUAUUUUUAUAAAUUUUAAAGUAAUCCUCGAAAAGAAAAUAAUGUCUUAUAAAUGCAUUCAGAAACUCGAAGCAAAAAAAAAAAAUGACCAAAAGGCCAGAAUAUUUUUUUUUUUAACUAAAGUCAACAGCCAAUACUAAAACAAACAAAAAGAAAAUAAAUUAAAAGUGUCCCAAAAAUGCUCGAUGCAUAAAAAAAUUAUGAAGAAGUUUGCGGAAAGCCUAAACAAAGAAGGCGACCUAAAUAAAUCAAUAUUUUUUCCUAAAAAAUUAAAAUACUAAGGCCAACAAAAAAUUAUUAAAAUAUGCAAUCAAAGCUCAAGUAUGCAAAACAAAAGUAAAGCAAUCUGAAAUUUUUAAAAAUUAGAAAGCAAAAUAUGUGACAAAAAAAAAUAAAUAUAGUAGUGAGUGCAUUCUUGAAGAAAAUUCUGAGAUUUGAAAAUAAGAAGCAAAAAGUAAAUAAAUAUCAUAGAAAUAUUAAUAACAUAACAAGUUCACACAAAGUAUACCGGAAGCCGGAAAAAAAUGCUUAGAAACUGCGCUCAUGCCGCAACUAAUGAAAAACUGGCACUAGCAAAGCAUAAAGUUGAAAAGUAAACGAAAUUGCGCCACCAACAUAAAGUGCAAGUUAAAAGGAAAAGCUUUGAAAAGUGCAUAAGUGCAAUAAAAAGUAGCAAAAAAUAGUUUGUGACAAAGAAAGUGUUAACGGUAAAUUGCAUACUUCAAAAAACAAAUAAAAAAGUUAAAAAAAAUCUCAAAAAAGGCUUUUUAAGCUUACAUUUACACUAAAACCCGCUGACCACCUUGGCGUAUACGUAAUAAAAAAGCGCGUGCAAUUUCAAAGAAUGCCUAAGUUAGCAGAGGCUGCUUGAGCGGCAGGGGAGCGCGUGCGAAUGCUGCUGCUGCCAGAUUACGCUUUACAACAUGGAUGGCGAAAAUCGGAUUAUACUCAAUGUGGGUGGCAUAAGAUAUGAAACUUAUAAGGCGACAUUGAAGAAAAUACCCGCCACACGCCUCUCCCGCCUCACUGAGGCGCUGGCCAAUUAUGAUCCGGUGCUGAAUGAAUAUUUCUUUGAUCGCCAUCCGGGUGUAUUCACGCAAAUACUCAACUACUACAGAACCGGUAAACUACACUAUCCCACAGAUGUCUGUGGACCACUAUUCGAAGAGGAACUAGAAUUUUGGGGACUCGAUUCGAACCAAGUAGAACCAUGCUGUUGGUCCACCUACAGCAUACACCGUGACACACAGAAUACUUUAGCCAUUUUAGAUAAAUUAGAUAUUGAAAAUGAAAAACCCUCUGAAGAACAAAUUGCACGUCUAUUCGGUUUCGAAGAAGCACUGAUCAAUGGACGACUUAGCUGUUGGCAACGCAUUAAGCCGAAGGUGUGGGCGCUCUUUGACGAACCCUCCAGUUCGACGGGUGCUAAAAUCGUAGCUAGUAUGUCGGUUUUCUUUAUAUUCGUUUCUGUGAUAUCGUUCUGCCUGAAGACCCAUCCGGGUUUUCGUGUGGACUUUCCCGCCACUCACACCGAACAUGGACCAAGUCCGUCGGCUGUACCGCACACGCCAGCCGUGCACAUACCGAGUAUACCUCAUCAGCAUAAUAUGCCACCGGUGCCGCCGAGCGCACACAUAGCCACCACAGUGACGGCGGCACCGGGUACACGUAGCGGCGCUGUGGGCAAUAUGGCACCGCCGGUGCACGCGAACAACUAUGGUGUGAACGUAACAAGUGCCAGCGGCAUCAACUAUACGCUGGCGCACACCUUUAAAGUCACAAAUUAUACAGCGCCGGGUAAUGCCAACACCAGUCAGUCCAUUGCCACAUUCACGCUGAAAGGAACCGGCGGCGGCGGUCCAUCCAAUCGCAAUCGCCUGAAACGUUCCAUACGCAACGUGAAGGAUUUAAUACAACAGAAAUUGCUCGGCGGUGUCGAUCAUCACGGUCAUGGCUGGCAUGAGUCGUACGGACAGCCGCACGAGGCUUUCUUCUACGUGGAGUUGGUGUGCAACGUGUGGUUCUUCAUCGAGGUGCUCAUCAGGCUCAUUGUCUCACCGAAUAUUUGGCAGUUCAUCAAAUCGCCGGUCAAUAUAAUUGACUUUACCGCCACGCUCAGCUUCUACACGGACGUCAUGCAACGUAUGGGCGAAUACACUGGGCUGUUGGAGGCUUUCUCGAUAGUACGCAUUAUGCGUCUCUUCAAGCUAACGCGACAUUCGCCUGGUCUACGCAUCCUCAUACACACAUUCAAGGCCUCCGCGAAAGAGCUGACGUUGCUGGUUUUCUUCUUGGUGCUUGGUAUAGUGUUCUUCGCCAGCUUGGCUUACUAUGCGGAGAAAUUACAGGACAACCCUGAAAAUCAGUUCAAGAGCAUACCACUUGGCCUCUGGUGGGCCAUAGUCACUAUGACCACUGUCGGUUACGGCGAUGUGGCGCCAAAAACUUAUCCGGGUAUGUUUGUAGGCGCGCUUUGUGCUCUAGCUGGCGUAUUGACGAUAGCACUGCCGGUACCCGUCAUCGUUAGCAACUUUUCCAUGUUUUACUCGCACACGCAGGCACGUUCGAAACUGCCAAAGAAACGUCGGCGUGUGCUACCCGUCGAGCAGCCGCGUCGCAAACGUGAACAAGGACCACCGACACGUGGCCGUGCGAACGCCAUAAAACAGACAACUUCACUGCCACAUGGCCACCAUGGCGGACACGCCGGGCAUUUGUUGAGCGCCACCGGCCUGCAUCAUGGCGUUGCGACGGCGACGCCGGCAACAGCGACGACGAUGUUCAAGGAUCCUUUCGGCGGUGCCAAAAUCGCGGAUUACUUGAGCGUGCCGCAGGUACAGAGUUUACAGCCGCGCGCCGCCACAACGGGACAUGACUUUAUGCUGCCACUGCAACCUAAGCUGCUAGCGCCAUUAGAAUGCAAAGAUCAUCACGCGCUGCAGUUGGCGCCGCAACAUCUGCCUGGCGCCGAUGGCAUGCAUAACGGUGUACAAUUACAUCACACGCAGGCGCCCUACCACAUCACCGGCGCGCAUCAUUGCCUCAGCGGUAGCGGCGGCGUUGGUGGUGGUGGCGUUGGCAGCACGGACAGCCUCAGUGGCAGUCACACGGGCAGUCGCGCCGCGUUAAAUGUGCCGCCCACUAUUAGCGUGGCCUCCGCGCAAAUGCCGCCUGGCGUACGCACACCCAACCUGAGCGCGCGCGCUGCACAAAUAUUGGCUGCGCAACAAAUGCGCGAGCAAGCGGCCGCCGCCGCCAGUGCUGGUCACGGCAAUGUGCAUCAUUCAACUGGUUGUAAUAUAACGAUUGCGGUCAAUGAUGGCGGCGGCAGUGCGUUGCUGGAGAUGGACAACGCCAAUGCGUAUAUGGAACAGCAGCAACAACAGCAACAUCAACUACAGCAACAUAAACAACAGCAACAUCAACAUCAGCAAACACAAUGCUCGCCGCAGUGCACACAAAGUCCACAAAAGCAACAGCAACAUCACUACCAACAACAACAGCAGCACACGCAACAUCAUCACCCACCGCCGAAGGUGACGCUGCUGGACGAUGGUUGCAGCAGCGAUUGCGCCAAUGCGACGGAUGAGGGCGAGGACGACUAUGAAAGCCGUAAUGGCAGUGUUAAUGAGUAUACAAAUGGUGAUGAUGACGAUGCUGUCGGUGCUGGUGGUGGUGGUAGAGGUGGCAGUGGUGGCCGCUUAUACGGCACCGAUUUGCGCUGAUUGCGGGAUAUCGGUUGGAAAUUUCCAUUUUAAAUGGACGCAGCUAAAUGUCUGUAUGUGUGUAUGUAUGUAGUGGAUAGCCAGUAUAACUGUAUAUUUCGUGUUAAUUGUGUAUGGUGCGGUCAACGGUUGGAAGCGGAUGUAAGAUAGACAGUUAAUGAGUUUCAACGAGCAGCCAUUAAGCGCAAAUUUAUAAGGCUUCUAGUGACGUAAGUUUUUGUUUUUGUUAUUUUCUUUGUUCGUUAAGUUUGUAGUUUAUAUAGUAUAUAGUAUUUUAAGAUUUUUAAUUGACUUAAAGCGUAGCGUAAUUUAAAUAUGAACAGCAGGUGUAGAAAAUUAAUGUAGAUAACUUAAGUGGAAAGUCGGUGUUUAGCAAAUUCUUCCAUAGAUAACUUGUUGUGGGGAAUGAACUUGCAAUUUCCGUUUUUCGCACUAAUAAAAUUAUAUAACAUCGUGACUUAAAUCUCUUCUAUGAAUUUCAUUUCUUCCAAAUCCGAAGGGUUAAAGAAUUUUGAUGAGCCUUUGAAGUCGAGCUUUGCCUUCGAGAGCCAACUGUUUUUAGAAAGAACGUUAACUUCAAGGGCUUAAGCCCUGACCUCCCAAAUGCGGCACUGUCAAGAAUGAAGUAUUGAGUUGCUUUCAUCUCGUCUUCUUCCACACAGCUUGUGCAGAUGGAUGAAGAUUCUCAGUAUUACAGGAUGAACGUCAACAGGACAAAGGCUUGUUAACAGCCACCCAACUAAAGAAAGGCUAGCCUUGCUGAGGGCAACUAUCCUGCAUUCGAUCUUGAGUCGAAAGGAUUUUGUGAAGCCCAGAUAUCUAGCAGUAGAGCCAAGAGAAUAUGGGCCGACCUGUUCCCAUUCUACAGAUAACGAUUCUAAGGCGAUUCUUACUAGCUCAUCAGCUUGACAAUUGCCUGCAUUUCCGCUCUGGGCUGGCACCCAUAUCAGUCUUACCACAAAGAUACUCGAUGCUAUUGAAA